CACUCGGGGAGGGGGUGGGAAUUCCCGACGUGAGACCGGAACCGAGCGGAUACCAUGUAGUGAGACCCUCGCGAGGUCUGAGAGUUAUUGGAGCUACCACAAGCACCAUGGGGCCCUGGGGAGAGCCAGAGUUCCUGGUGUGGCGCCCAGAGGCAGUAGUUUCAGAGCCACCAGUGCCUGUGGGACUGGAGGUGAAGCUGGGGGCUCUGGUUCUGCUGUUGGUGCUCACCCUUCUCUGCAGCCUGGUGCCCAUCUGUGUGUUGCGCCGGCCUGGCUUUAGCCAUGAAGCAUCAGCUUCCCGCCAGAAAGCCCUGAGCCUAGUGAGCUGCUUCGCAGGAGGUGUGUUUUUGGCCACUUGUCUGCUGGACCUUCUGCCUGACUACCUGGCUGCCAUAGAUGAGGCCCUGGCUGCCCUGCACGUGACGCUCCAGUUCCCCCUGCAAGAGUUCAUCCUGGCCAUGGGCUUCUUCUUGGUCCUGGUGAUGGAGCAGAUCACACUGGCUUACAAGGAGCAGUCCGGGCCACCACCUCGAGAGGAGACAAGGGCUCUGUUGGGAACAGUGAACGGUGGACCUCAGCAUUGGCAUGAUGGGUCAGGGAUCCCACAAGCAAGUGGAGCUCCAGCCCCCUCAGCCCUACGUGCCUGUGUACUGGUCUUUUCCCUGGCCCUGCACUCAGUGUUUGAGGGGUUGGCCGUGGGGCUGCAGCGAGACCGAGCUCGGGCCAUGGAGCUGUGUCUGGCUUUGCUACUCCACAAGGGUAUCCUGGCUGUCAGUCUGUCACUGAGACUGCUGCAGAGCCACCUACGGGUGCAGGUGGUGGCUGGCUGUGGAGUCCUCUUCUCAUGUAUGACACCUCUUGGCAUUGGGCUGGGUGCAGCUCUGGCAGAGUCAGCUGGGCCUUUGCACCAGCUGGCCCAGUCUGUGCUGGAAGGCAUGGCAGCUGGCACCUUCCUCUAUAUCACCUUCCUGGAAAUCCUACCCCAAGAGCUGGCCACUUCUGAGCAGAGGAUCCUCAAGGUCAUUCUGCUCCUAGCAGGCUUUGCCCUGCUCACUGGCCUGCUCUUUGUCCAAAUCUAGUAGGCUUCAAGAGAAGUGCAGGGGUAGUUGACUGUCAACUGCCCCUGUCCUUCCUCCCCUCCCCCAGUGUGUGAGGAAUAGGAAGUAAUGGUGAAGGGAGGUACUAAGGACCAAAGAGUUCUCUGGGAGGUAGGGAUGAGCAUCUGGGACUAUGACUCAUGAGAAGGAAGUGGGCAGAAAAGAGGCUGGCCCCAGACCCAAAGAACAAGAGAUGGCCAAGUCACUAGGAACAUGAUCAGGUAAUACUAGGAUUGGGGCAGACCCUGAAUGCUAGAAUCAGAGGUUGGAUACUACAUCUAAGGAGAAGCUAAGGAUGGAGGGAGUAGUGGGGGGAUGGGAGUGGAGGCAGGCAGCCAGCUGUUGUGGAAUAAAGGUAUGGAGAGGGCAUAGGCCCAGAGUGAGCACUCUGUUGGUUCUAGCUCAGUUUAACUCUCUGCCAUUUGAAGUGAUCCUGUUCUACUUUUCACACCUCCUACUCAUAUAUAUCUCCCUCUUCCCUUCUCCCAGGGGACUAGUGCCAAAUGGUCUCUCUCUGCCAGUUUUGAUACCUUCUCUGGCCUCUCCAGUCCUGUCCACUCCUCUAUUUUUGAAGUGCCAACUCCCCUACUCCUUUUCUGAAAGCACAGUGAUAUUGCACUGGGCCCUGCCCAGCACCUCAGUGGAGGAGGCCUAUUUGCUCUUUUAUUUUGGUCCCAGAAUCUGGAGUGGAGCAGAAAUGUUUCCUGGGCUGGGCUGGGGUUUGAGGAGAGCGACAUCCACUCACCGCUGCUGCAUUCUAGGAAUAUGGGAGGUGGACAUGGUGCCCCAUGCCCAGAUAAUAAACUCUGAGCUGCCAAAACUUUUUUUAUACCUGAGAAACUCAAGGGGAAGGGAAAUGCCCAUCCCAGGGAUAUUUUUUGGGUAGGGAGGGU